AUGCGAUAUGCAGUGCUCGUAACAGGUCCAGCAGGGGCAGGAAAAUCCACCUUCUCAGGAGCGUUUAUGACCCAUUUGCGUAACUCAAAACGGACAGCGCACCUUGUCAACCUCGACCCAGCGGCCGCACCAGAGAGCUUCGAGUAUGAACCAGUCAUCGACAUCAAGGACCUCAUAAGUCUGGAGGAUGUCAUGAAUGAACUCGAAUACGGACCUAACGGUGGCCUCGUCUAUUGCUUCGAGUAUCUCAUGGAAAAUAUGGAUUGGUUAGAGGAGGAAUUGGGCGGCUACGACGAUGACUAUCUCAUCAUCGACUGUCCAGGACAGAUCGAACUCUACACUCACCACCCGUUCCUCCCCACUUUGGUCCAAAAUCUCCAGCGCUUGAACAUUCGGACAUCUGCGGUCUACCUAAUCGAGUCUCAAUUCAUAGAAGACAAGUACAAGUUCUUCAGCGGGGUUCUUUCUGCUAUGUCUGCAAUGGUUAACCUGGAAAUCCCAUGGAUUAACAUAAUGUCCAAGAUGGACCUAAUUCUCCCGAACCCCGAAGAUGAAAGCAAAGGAGCGAGGAAUGGUCUCAGGAGGCGCAAAGAUAUCGCACGGUACUUGGAUCCUGAUCCACUGCUUCUGGCCACCAGGCAUGAUGACCGCACCCCUGACUCUAACCCACGCUUCCACGCCUUGAAUCAAGCGCUCGUCCAACUUAUCGAAGACCAUCCCCUCGUUUCGUUCUUGCCACUCGACCUUACAAACACCGAUUCCAUCGAAACAGUAAUCAGCCAUAUCGAUUACACGAUGCAGUACGGGGAGGACGAGGAGCCCAAAGAGCCCCAUGACCUCGACGAAGGCGAUUUCCAGGACUUAGAGUAA